AUGGGUCCUAACGAGUUUGCCACUCAAGUUCUUUACGCCGUGAUGAAGGGCACCAAUGGCGGGGACAUCGAAGGGUUGACAUUGCCCGUGGAUGAAGACUUCGAUCCCAAUAUUCAGCUUGAUAACCUUGGACCAAAGACGACUCCAGCUUCCAGCAUCGAUGUUAAGCUCUGGGCACAGACGAUAUGCUCCCAACUAGUGCUAUACUUGGGCCACUGGCCACUAUGGACUGGCUGUCAAUUGUCGUCAAGUGUUUGCGAGCAACACGACAGUAUCCCACCGCUGGGUAGCGAGCUGGGCCCAGCAGUUUUAACUGCUCCCCAUAUACAGCUGAUGAGACUAAGCGACUCGACUCUGGCCUCGUUUAUAGAACUGCCCGCGUUAGACUUGCCGCAGGGUGGGACCACACCAGGUCUAAUAACGUCGGACCGUCAAGUGCGCGUCCUACUGCGAGAUAUAACGGGCAAAGCGUGCUGGGACGCAUCCGCGCUUUACUACGACCCAUCUGUCACGUCUUCGGAAGUCAUAGAACCCCUUCCUAUACCAAAAGUUGCAGACACACCAAGAGAAAACACUUUGUCAUCACUCCCACCACCUUUGCCACCUAAUCUUUUGCCUGAUUACAAGAAUUCGCCACCAGAUAAACAUCAAUUGGAUCAUGUAUUAGCGUACAUAGGCCACACUUCUCCCGAGGUAACGUGCGGUAGGAGGUUAGACGAAGCUGGCCCCACACCGUUGCCGGCUGGAGUGGAAGAUGAACUGGUUUGCGCAUUGGUGGCACAUCGGAACGCUGAGAGGCACUACUUGCAGCAUAGAGAUUGUGAAGACGAAGUGGAUUCUCUAGACCUUGCAUCGAACAUAAGCGGUUCUAGCGAUAAGAGCGCAUUUGCCGCGUCUAGUCAACUGGUCUCGCAGUUGGGUACGCUCGCUCCAUCGAGACGUGCCAAUGCGCACCUUUUACGGCGCACUGACAGGCUGUUAAGGGAGCUGAGAAACUUGGAUGCACAGAGAUGUCGAGAGACGCACAAGGUAGCGGUUAUAUACGUGGGCAAAGGACAGGAGACCCGUAACGAGAUCCUAUCUAACCGUUGUGGUAGUGCGGCUUACGAGGCGUUCCUGGCAGCUCUUGCGUGGGAGGUGGAGUUAGAGAGCCAUGUUGGAUUCGCGGGUGGACUGCGUGGGGGAGGGGGUGGUGGAACAAGUGCACCGUACCUCGCCACGUUAACGCUAGAAGCGUUAUUCCACGUCGCCACUAGGAUGCCGGCUGAUACUCCGGACGCUAUAUUAAAUAAGACACGGCACUUGGGCAACGAUGAAGUACACGUGGUAUGGAGUGAACACUGGCGACCCUAUAAAAGGGACACAUUGCCGACACAGUUUUGUGAUGUACUUAUUGUACUCUAUCCGUUACCGGGUGGUCUACUACGCUGUACUGUGUCUAGAAAACCGGAUGUGGGAGUAUUCGGCCCGCUAUGGGAGGAGUGUAUAGUGCGCGUGAGUUGCUGUGCAGCGUUGGUCCGAGGAGCUGCGUUCGCAGGGGGGAGGGCGGUACGAGCCACUAUGCCCCUCUAUCAACACGCGUGCAGCGAGCGAGCCAGAGAUCUAGACGCGCUUGUCACUAACCACACCCAACCUACGCCCUUUGAACAUUUCGUAACUCGUAUUAGGGCUCCACUAAACACGCAAACACAACAGACGGAUCAAAGCAGUGGUCGCUUAGCGAACGCUCUGCUCGACCACGGAGCAAGCACGUGGACGUGUAACACUGAACCGCAUUCGGUAUCGCCACGGCCAGUGAAACGUCUAGGCCCAUUCAAGAGACCUCUGCAGCCAAUCUCUGCGCCGCACACCGCCCCGCCUACUGCGAACGUGACCGCACCGGCGCCCGCACCACGUCGCAACCGGUGA